UUACCCAGCAUGCUCUGCUCCAAAGCAGUUACGUGACGUUUCCACAUCCAUUGCUGAUGACGGUGGUAAAUGGCUGGGAAGAGAAGUGUCUGCUAAAACAACAUUAUUUCGCCAGGCAGAUUUUCUAUCCAAAGGCAACAGAAUGAAGAAAUAAAGGAUAAGUGAUCCAACAGCCGGUAAAGUUUACCAGAAGCUUGUGGGGUUCUUCAACGCGUCUAGCUUUGUUUCCUGGGCCUGUUGCUAACGUCGGGAAAUCCUCGGGCUGACUCGACAGGCAAACACCGGGACAAGAGAGCAGCAGACCGAAGACUGGAGCUCCGGGCUGCUGCUUCACUACGACCAGGUUUCUCUGACACCAACUGGGUUUUCUCAUCUCCAGAGAAACUGUAUUGUCUUCAUACUUUGCGACGCACGUGAAUAAUCAUACCUGAAGGGUUAGUUUGACAGUUUGCCAGCAUUUAGCACUCCGGUGUUUACCAGCUAACAGAAGCGUCUCCUUAAAAGUAGACUGCUGGUUAUAUUUAUUUCAGUUUGAAAUAUACAUAUUUGACUUCAAGCACGUUCCAGAAAUUUGUUAGACAUUUGUCGGCUCGUUGUGCUACUACCUACAAAGUGAAGGUGGCUAGCUUAGUGGCUAAUUCUAAAAGCUGCCUAGCUGAGGUUAUCACAUACUUUGGGGCUUAUCUGCAAAGUUUGUUAGCUUGUUGAGCUGUAAAAUUAUGACUUUCUAUCAACGUUACCGUCUUUAGCUACAAAGAGUAUGUUAUAGCUUACUUUAUUUAACGGUAAAACGCCUGACGAGAAGUAUUUGAGAACCAAAGGCAGCUUUAUCCACAUUCUAGACUGCUACUGGAUGAAGGCUCACAGAAAAGCCUGGAUAUUGAUGUCGCCAGGACUCGCAGGUUUCUCCAGUUCUGCUUGUCAUUAUCUCUCCUCCAGCUACAUCUAGCAGCUGGCGCACCAGAACGAACUGACCCGCCUGUAAGCUCUCUCUUUGGGCUUAUUUGCUCAAGGAACACCCUCCUCCAAGCAGACUUAAAAUGAAUCGCUACCUCCCUGUGGCACGCCAGCACUUCCUGGCCGCGCUCGCGAGCACCAGCGUGGUGGUGAAAACCAUUAGCGCUGUGGUGGUCCUCCUCUACCUGCUGGCCUGGGCGGUUGACACUUCCUACGCGCUAGGCGUGACCCCUGGCUACCUGUUUCCUCCCAACUUCUGGGUGUGGACGCUGGUGACCCAUGGGCUGGUGGAGCAGCAUGUGUGGGGCGUGGCGGCCAGCGUGGGGACAGUCAUGGCCUGUGGGCGCCUCCUGGAGCCUCUGUGGGGUGCCCUGGAGCUCCUGAUCUUCUUCGCCGUGGUCAACGUGUCAGCGGGACUCCUGGCAGGGCUCUCCUACCUCCUCACCUACGUGGCCACGUUUGACCUGGACUUCCUGUUUGCUGUGCGCAUCUACGGAGCCGCCGGCUUCUUGGGAGGUGUCCUGGUGGCUCUGAAGCAGACCAUGGGGGACACCACGGUACUCAGAGUCCCACAGGUGAGACUCAAGGCUGCCCCGGCGUUGGUCCUCCUCCUCCUAGCCUUGCUGCGACUGUCCGGGCUGCUCGGCAGCUGCGCCCCGCUGGCUGCGUACAGCUACGGCGCGCUGUCCGGCUGGGUCUACCUGCGCUUCUACCAGAGACACAGCCGGGGCCGCGGGGACAUGUCCGACCACUUUGCCUUUGCCAGUUUCUUCCCUGAGGUGGUCCAGCCGGCGGUGGGGCUGCUCGCCGGUCUCGUGCACGCCGCCCUGGUGAAGAUAAAGGUGUGCAGGAAGAUGGUGAAGAGAUACGACGUGGGGGCGCCAUCCGCCAUAACGAUCAGUUUGCCAGGGACGGACCCCCAGGAUGCUGAGAGGCGGAGACAACUGGCCCUGAAAGCUCUGAACGAACGCCUAAAGCGAGUGGAGGACCAGUCCGCUUGGCCCAGCAUGGAUGACGAGGAAGAAGACGACGACGACGAGGUCCGAACCGACAGCCACCCGCUCCUCCCCGGUGGGCGCGAUGCCUCGUCCUCGGCACAGAGAACGUCUGGAGGGCCCUCAGGCACUUACUUGUCCUCCACCUCCCCAUCGCCGGCGUCACAGAGCGGCGGGACAGCGUCUCCAGGCGGAGUGCAACACCCCGAGUCCAGCAUCAUCACCUUCGAGGAUGCAAGCGCUAGGUCAUAGCAAGUGGAGCCUCUGGUGUAUGCAGAUGCACGCUCUCGUUGGUGUCACUGAGCAGUAUGCUAGUGCUUCACGCGUCCCUGGCUGGUAAUACACUCAGUAACGAUGAUUAGAUGUCGAUAUUUCACUCUACACAACAUCUGUGAUGAGCAACACAUGAAAUUGUGCUCUCACAAACUGUCUAAAGACUGCAAAGUGCUUUCAGUUCAGACAUGUUGGUCACAAAAGCUCAGUGCCGUUGGGCAAACCUAGUUCCUACUCUCCUUCCAACGUGCAACUGAGAAUUAAAAGAAAAUCUGUAUGUUAGGGCAACAUCCCGACUUGCAGAACUCUGAUCACUGCUACAUGUGUUUCACCUUCUUUCUGAAAUAACAAAAUCAUUGUGCAGAUCUCUUUUUCUAAGUCUUUUCAGAACAGACGUAUUUGUCGUUUUGCCUGCCUGCUACAAGAAAACGGUUGAUGACAAAGACGCAAGGUAAAAAUAUUUAUCCUUUAAGUGCAGACGAAGCUGCUUCUAGUGACACUUGCUGCUGGUGUGUUGGUUCCAUUUGGAACACCAGCUUUGUAACGAAGAGUAUGAACAGCGUCAAGGUAGUACCAACCUGCUGAACGGCGAUGCCAAGCUCAAAGACUUGAAGAAGUGCCAGAUGAUUCUCCAGAAACAUUUUGUUUCCCACAGAGAGAGAAAUGGAGCACAUUUUUAUUUUUCUCUGCUUUGCUUAAACAGUAGAAAAAAAACUUUAGUUUUUCUUCUUCUUCUGGUUCUGUUGGUCUCUAAAGGAAAUUAAAAGUUUGUUUUCUUUGAUCUAACAAGACGCGUUGGGCCUGUCGCACUGCUGAACGUUGUUCAACUCUUACACAUCCUGGGGUCUGUAGCUAUUUCAUUGUCUUAUAAUAUAAAGAGGUGGGCUAUGUCUUCACAUUUACUAAUGACACAACAGCUAAUGAUGCACAGGAGAAGUGCAGAAUAUAUGUUUUUGGUAUUAAUAAACAACAGUUUUAUGAUUUGUUAAUUUCAGUUCAUAUUUUGGAUUUUUAAAAAUUAUUUAAAUUUUUUUGCAAGUUUUACACAUUAAACCCCAUGCACACGUAGCUCCACUCCUACUGCCGCGUUGAUUUUUAUUCCCUGUGUCCGAAAAUCCCCUUGCUGGAACGUUUUUUUAUUUCUAAGCUCAAACGUGUAAGGCAGUUAACGAUUUUCCAACAUAAACUAAAUAGUUUUAUCAAUAUCAAAAUUAAGAAGUCCUUGCAGAUCAAUUUGUUCAAUUUCUUGGCAGUCGUUGCUGGAGAUGUCACAUUUUAUUGUGUGAGGGAAAAGAAUCAAUUACUUGGAGGUCUGAUGUUCCCCGUGUCCUUUUUGAUUAACGUCAUUAGCGGAUAGUGAAGUAGUGGAAGAUUGCUAGGAUGUCAAAUUGGUAUUAUAUAUAUAUAUAUAUAUAUAUAUAUAUAUAUAUAUUUAAGUUUAGUCACUUCAGUUGAGCUGAGACGAUAAAUUAGUUUUAAAGCUGCGCCAUGUCUUUUAUUUCCUAAUUAAUAUCCUAAUGUUCUUGUAAUUGGGGUGGGGGAAAUAAAAAGAAUCUUACCCCAAUUUGAGUGUGUCCUUUUAAACAAAUGCUGAAUGUUAAACUUAAUUAUGAUCUUGGUAUCUAAUACAGGUUUAACUUUUCACACAGUUUUCCCUCAUUGAAGAGAGGAUUUUGUCAUUGAUGACCCACUAGUUGCAAAAAAAGUCGGACAAACUAUUAUUGCCUAAAUUAAAUUCAGACGGGCAUGAGCCUCCCAAUGUAUUGAAGUAGAUGUUGGAGUGUGUUAGUUUGGCAGUUGUCUUGUGUUGUUCCAGUAUUUGUCUCUGAACAGAUUUACCACAAUUUUGCUUUCAAACAUAACGCAGAUGCACAAAAAAUUGUCAAAUUCUGACUUAAAGAGCACAAGGCUUUAGCAAAAGGACAAUAUACCUCUGGAUGGCCUCAAACAAAAAGAAAAAGAGAAAAGUCUCAACGUAGCCUGAUGUUAAGAAAAUGUUCUAAUGUGGCCGAAAUUGAAUAAUUUUACAAAGAGGAGGGGACCAAAAUUCCUCUGUUGUGGAUUAUCACAAAUGACACAACUAGCUAUUAGGUUUAGGGAGCAUUUACUUUUUCCGCAUAGAGCCACGUUGGUUUGGAUAAGCUUUUACCCCUCCCUAAUAAAUAAAAUCCUCUUUUAAAAACUGUUUAUAUUGAUGUCAAGUAUCUAAAAUUAAAAUUGCUUUUUAAGAUCCAAAACCUGCAAGUGUGACAGGAAAGUAAAAGCAGAAGAAAUCAAUUCUGGGAGAAGUACUGUUGCAGCUUUGUACAAACCAGAAAUGAACAAGAGCCUGCGUCUAGAAAAACAAACUUUGCCUGGAACGUCCUGAAUCUAACUUCAGGGUGAGGGUAUACAUUUGAUCAUCUGUCAAAAUGAUUACUAGUAACCAAUAUUUGUUAAAAAUACUUAAUUUUUUUUACAUACCAGGAUUUACUGAUUUUAUACUUUUUACAAACAAAAAACCCGAUGUCAUAGUGUCAAAUUUAUCUGCCAGCUCACUUCUGCUUUUAUGUUGUAAUUGAAAAACAGCAGAAGAGUAAAACGCACUGUCACUGUUUAUGAAAUAGCUGAAGAUAAGGGUUUAUAGACUGAUCCUAGUUAACUUGGUUUCACCCAAUCCUUGUUCUGUUUCAGAUCGUAUUGAGAAGACAAAAAAUACUGUUUUGUCCCAAAUAGAAAAUUGAUUACCAACAUAAAAAACCAAAAUAAUAUUGAACAUCGGAUUGUUUAAUAUAAUACUACAUAUGAGUUAUAGUGGAUAAAGUGCCUAUUGCUCUCAAUUAUAAAGACUCGUCUGGAUGUGUGAAUUAUAACUUGUCAAAUCUUCCAGGCACCAUUCAAAGAAUGUUUUUCUUUUCCUUUCUUGGCUAAAACUGAUGAUAUUAGUCUUCAUGACUCACUUGUGGAAAGUGUCAUUUUUUUCUCCCCUAAGGUUGUCAGAAAGUGUUUUUCUUUAUUUUCAUUUCCUAAAUGGUUUGGAGAAGUGUCAUUUUCCUUUCCUGUCUCUGUGUACGCUUCACCAGAAAUCUACUCUUUUCUAAAAAACAAACAAACAAAAAAGAACAGCCUCCUUUUCUCUCUCUAUGCUGUGAUACUUGUGUUUCGGUUUUUGAAUACAUUAUCUCACAAUUAAAUAAAAUAUGAUUGUAAGAAGUUUCA